UUGCCAGCCAACGCUCAACGCUGCGCCACGGGAAACAAUUCAGCUUCAGACAAGAGAACAAACGCAAACGGAGGGAGAAAACUGAAUCCGGAUAAGAUCUUUCGAUGUAAACCCCAAGCCUCAAUAAGGAACACCAGCAACUAAUCUGUGAUAAGAAAACCGUUAAGUGGAAGCCAACUGAAGCUGUGAUUGCUUUCCGUACAAAUAGCUACGCCAAUUGUGCCCAGCCCAUCCAUCUCCAUGACAUCGACCAACAUGCAGCCAGAGCGCCUGAUUCAGUGCGACCCAAUGUUUAGUAGUAUUGUUAGAAGAGAUUUUAAUGAUAGCGGAAUUGCCGAUGGCAAGUUCCGCACCAUUUCGACUUCGUCUUGCGCCACGAACAUGUCGAAUGAGUCCUACCGCAUCUCUCUUGGCGUAGGGCCUCUGUGGUGGUCCGAUGUCCCUGUCCACCACAGAACAGAUCACGAUAGGGCAUCGCUCUUAACGGGCUACAGCCGUGAGUCUUCGGUCGACUCGGCUGGUGGCAGCUUGUACGAGGUCAGUUCCCGGUCUUCGCCGCCCUCCUCCAGGAGGGUCUGCCAAGAGGUACUGCGCCAGAUCUUGCAGCAUGACCAACCGGUGCAGAUUUCCAUCAAGCUGCAUGUGACCGAAGACCAGUAUACGAAUUGGAUGUCGAUUUUGAACCCAGUCAACAACAUGCUUUAUGUCGCCUUCCCCAAGGAUUUACCACCAGCUGGCUCCAAGGAGACCUUCCUCUCCUUGCUGGAGUUUGCCGAGGAUAAGCUUGAGGUGGACGGCAUUGUAAUGGCCAUGCGCAAAGACCAUCCGGAGCGCACACGUUUGAUUGAGGCAUUUUUGUUUAUGGGUUUUAAGCCAAUGUCUAGAAAGGCACCACAGGCCCCACCAUCGGCCAUAAAUGACAAGGAUAACUUCUAUUUUCUCUACACCAUCGAGGGGUAGUUCUACGGCGCGAGAAACGAUUUCCGAAGCAAACCAUAACGUUUACAUUAUAACAACUCUAAUAUGUAUAUCCACAAACUGCAAUAUACGUAGCAGCAUCCCCAGAUAUCACGCCACCCAACAUAUACAUACAUAUGACCACUGACGACAUAUUGUCCCCAAUGUGUUCAACGAAAGCAAACAUUUUAUUCAAAUCUUGGUGUAUAUGUACAGAGCGGCCCGAAUUAUUGUGGUAGUCGUUCUAUAAUUCCCACUACUAAUCUAUUUGCGCAAGCCACGUUAAGAGCAAGCUAAAUUGUCGUAAACUAUUACAUCAAACUACAACCCAAAAAUAUUCAGCGAAAAUGUAAAAAAAAAUUAAAAACUAAAAAAUGUAAAAAAAAAAAACAACAAUGUAUUAAUCAUAAGUUUAUUUGUGAAUUAACCAAUAUUUUUGGAUUUAUGUUUUCACUUUUUGUUUAUAUCCAUGUUUUUUUUCAAUCAGUUUAUUUCAUUUAUUACUUAUAUUUAACCAUUUGGGAAUGAAUCAUACAAGUAGUCCCAUGUUUUUUGUAUACUAUCAAAUAUUUAAUUUAUAUUUUUAUUAACAUUUUGUACACCGUUUUGCGAAGAGAAUGAGAAACAGCUGCAAAGGAGCACUCAAAGGGAAACACACAUAUUCAUGUAUAAGCUAGUGCACCUACGCCAGUAAAUACAUACUAUAUAUGCAGAUACAAUAUUAAUAAAACUAUAAAACAA